CGGCCGCCUGCACAGCCGUCGCCGAGCCGCCGCGGGGCGCGCUCCUCAGGCUGCAACACCGCCCACUUCUGCAGCGAAGCGGGCUAGCCUCAGCCCACCCUGUGGUUUUCCUCCCUGCCCGGAGUCACCAGGCAUCAAAGUGCUCACCCCAGGAAGAGCCUGGCGUGGUUGGGAUCUUUGCAUUCUUGUUUAACAAUCCCGCAGCCGUGCUGGCGCGGGUGCUAUCGUCCCCUUCUUAAAGAAGGAAAACUGCAGCCGAAAGAGGUUAAAUCAGCCGUGUAGGGGCACCCAGCUGAGACAUUACCUCAUCCCUCAAGACUGCACGCUACGAACACAACCCCUUGAGAAAUGGCCCAAGUACAGAGUUGAUCAGAGCUGUACAUUCUUGGCACAGGCAGCGACAGCGUGCACAGACCCUAAUGGUGAACUGCCUCGACAAACAAUGCCUGAAACAGCUGAAGCUGAGUCAAGUGAAAACCAGGAGCUCAGAACUCAAGACCAUGAACGGUGGACAGGAAGUGCCCUGUGGCACCAUCACACAGCAAACCCCCUUGACCUGCCAGCAUCACCCUGUGACCCACCAGCCACAAGCAAGCGCUGGGCAGGGAGGGGCUGGGUGCCCAGAAGGAAGUAGUGAGCAGCAGAGCUGAAAGCAGACAGCCGCUCUGGCUGGAAGGCCAGUGGUGCGCCUGACUGCCCCUGGUGGGACACCCCAGCCAGGAGUGCUACCGCGACACUCACCCUCCCAUCGUCUUUUGAGGAGGCAGUCCUGAAUGCUGGCUUUGUGCAGGAAGCAGUUUGAAGAGAAGGCCAUUGACUGUUUCAACAACUUCUGUGACUUCCUGAGGCAAACUGAAUUGCUUCCACCUAGGCACACCUGGAUUCUGAAGGCAGCUAAGUUUAGAUUCCUUGGUCCAGUGCCAAAUAUCAAAGUGCAACAGCUGGUGGACUCCAUGCACCCCAAACCCAACGGAGACGCUGCUGGGAGGUGGUGACGGGCUGUCAGGACACAUGAUCAUGUUCCACUAGGAAGAGAGGCUCCUCGCAGGCUAAGGUAGCAGGUGGCUUAAACGCUCACCCAGUGCAAUGCACCAAGAAGACUGAAGUCCAGAGACUGAAAAUGAUUCACCCAAGAGUUGAGAGUCAUGGCCGCGGGAAAGUUUGCCAGCCUGCCCAGAAACAUGCCAGUGAGUCACCCGUCCCCCCUGGCCUCGUCCAUGGACCUUCUGAGCAGCACGUCCCCUCUCGCCGAGCACCACGCUGACGCCUAUCCAGACGCCUCCAUACAUGGCACCCUGCCGCGGAAGAAGAAGGGCCCUCCUCCCAUCAGGUCCUGUGACAGCUUCAGCCACAUGGGCACCCUCCCUCAUGCCAAGUCCCCGCGGCAGAGCUCGCCUCGGACCCAGGAUGUCAUCCGGGAGAGCCCACUGCAAGACUGGAAGGGCGAGACCUUCACCUUCAGGGAUCUACAUCUUCUGGACUCGACUCUGGACUAUGUGAAGUUCUCCAAGGACAGGCACGUCAUGGACAGGACCCCUGAGCGGCUGAAGAAGGAGCUGGAGGAGGAGCUGCUGCUGAGCAGUGAGGACUUGCGAAGCCACGCCUGGUACCACGGCCGCAUCCCCAGACAGGUAUCCGAAAACCUCAUGCAGCGCGAUGGCGACUUCCUGGUGCGGGACUCGCUGUCCAGCCCCGGAAACUUCGUCCUGACGUGUCAGUGGAAGAACCUGGCGCAGCACUUCAAGAUCACCCGCACGGUGCUGCGGCUCAGCGAGGCCUACAGCCGCGUGCAGUACCAGUUUGAGACCGAGAGCUUCGACUCCAUCCCCGGCCUGGUGCGCUGCUACGUGGGCAACCGCCGGCCCAUCUCCCAGCAGAGCGGGGCCAUCAUCUUCCAGCCCAUCAACAGGACGGUGCCCCUGCGGUGCCUGGAGGAGCGCUACGGCACCACCCCCGGCCGGGCUCGGGACAGCAGCCUCGCCCACGGGAGGCCGGAUGUGACGAGGCGGCUGAGCCUCAGCCCGGGCAGCGUGCAGGCCCGAGAGCAGAGCUUGCCCAGGGGAAACCUCCUCAGAAAUAAAGAGAAGAGUGGCAGCCAGCCAGCCUGCCUGGAUCACAUGCAGGACAGACGAGCCUUGUCCCUCAAAGCCCACCAGUCGGAAAGCUACCUGCCAAUUGGCUGCAAGCUGCCCCCUCAGCCCCCGGGUGUGGACACAAGCCCCAGCCCGAACUCCCCCGUGUUCAGGACUGGCAGCGAGCCCACCCUGAGCCCGGCCGUGGUGCGGAGGGUAUCGGCGGACCCACGCAGCGGGGAGGCGCUGAGGGGAUCGGACAGCCAGCUGUGCCCCAAGCCACCCCCUAAGCCUUGCAAAGCGCCCGUCCUCAAGGCUCCCCUGUCCCCGCCCACCCAGCUCAGCGCAGAGGCCAACUACUGUGAACUGAACCCGGCUUGUGCUGCAGGCGGUGACCACGGAGUGAGGCCGCCCCUGUGUGCCCUAGGCAGCCAUGUGCAGCUGCCCACAGCCAGACUGAGCGAGGCCCCGGGUUCCCGGAACUCUGGCACCAGCUACUUGAUCCUGGAUGGUGACGAUGGGGCUAGGCCUUGGGAACCGCCUGCAGCGCAGAUGGAAGAGGGCACGUGUAAGGAGGACACGGGCGAGUUUGUGGCGCCCCUCCUGGAGACCGUCUCCUCCUUCCGGCCCAAUGACUUCGAGUCCAAGCUCCUGCCUCCCGAGAACAAGCCCCUGGAGACGGCCAUGUUGAAACGUGCGAAAGAGCUGUUCGCCAGCCACCACCCCAGGGUCAUCGCCCAGCACCUGCUGCACACCGACUGCAAGGUUGCCAGGAUACUUGAAGUCUCAGAAGAGACAAGGAGGAACAUGGGCGUGAGCUCGGGGCUGGAGCUGCUCACUCUGCCGCACGGACGCCAGCUGCGCCUGGACAUCAUUGAACGACACAACACCAUGGCCAUCGGCGUGGCGGUGGACAUCCUAGGCUGCACCGGCUCUCUGGAGGACCGAGCUGCCACCCUCAAUCGCAUCAUCCAGGUGGCGGCGGAGCUGAAAGAUGCGGUGGGGGACCUCUACUCCUUCUCAGCCAUCAUGAAGGCCCUGGAAAUGCCGCAGAUCACGAGGUUGGAGAAGACGUGGACGGCCCUGCGGCACCAGUACACGCAGACCGCCAUCCUCUACGAGAAGCAGCUGAAGCCCUUCAGCAAAGUGCUGCACGAAGGCCGAGAGCCCACGUGUGUCCCCCCGUGCAGUGUGUCAGUCCCGCUGCUGAUGCCCCUCGUGACCUUAAUGGAGCGCCAGGCCGUCACUUUUGAAGGAACGGACUUGUGGGAAAAACACGACCAGAGCUGUGAAAUUAUGCUGAACCACCUGGCCGCGGCCCGCCUCAUGGCCCAGGCCGCCGACAGCUACCGGGCCAACGCCGAGAGGAUGCUGGCAGGUUUUCAACCAGAUGAAGAAAUGAGUGAAGUCUUCAAGACUGAAUUUCAAAUGCGGUUGCUAUGGGGCAGCAAGGGUGCGGAAGUCAAUCAGACGGAGAGAUACGAGAAAUUCAGCCAGAUCCUGACAGCCCUCUCCCGGAAACUGGAGCCGCCUCCUGCGAAACAGGCAGAGCUCUGAUGACGCCUCAGGGAACCUCACAGGCUGUUCCAGGCUUCUCCAGGUCCUCCUUUGGGAAAGCUCAGCAUCUGAUACAGGAAUAAUGUGCACAUCUGACAAUACACACGCUUUUAGUAUCCAUAGGAUAUUAAAUGUGUAAAUUGCACAGAGCACACUAUUUAUGGACUGUUGAAAAUUACUACUGAUUUUAAAAUAAUUUAUUAUUAAGGUAACUAUUGCUAAUGUUGAUCAGCAAAUGUAAGAGAAGCCCUAGCUGUGUUGGCUGGCUGCCUUCCAUUAUUACAGUAUUUGAUCAUUUUAGUUUUAAUUCCAUCUCAGAUAAGUGUAAAUAGAAGAGUUUUUUUAAAAAGCAUGAAACAUUUCAGAAGGUAUCAGUUGUAUGAUAUUCUUUAAAUGAAUAUGGACAAUGUAAAUAGUAAUGAAUGAAAAUAUAUCUUUUUGUGAAACAGUUG